UUUGCUGGAGUAACGUGUCGCGCAAUUGAAAUUGGCGGCGUUUUCAUCGUCCAGCGUCAGCUUCGUCGUCGUCGUCGCCGACGUCGACGUCUUCGUCUUCAAUUUUACGUGUUCGCGAGCGUGAGUGUGUGUGGGUGUAGGUUCGUGUCCGUGUACGGGUUUCUAUGCGUGUGUGAGUGGGGCUGCCAAUUAGUGUGUUACAUUCGCGCAACAGUCUCGUGUACGUGUGCGUGCUGCUGCAUCUGUGUGUGCGUGUGUGUGAGUGCCCCAUGCAGCAGGCGUGUGUGUGGGGCGCUGCUGCCGCCGUUGCCGCAACGAAAAUUUAUUAAAAAAUUAAUUGCAACAAAUUUUGCGAAUAUAUUCUGGCAGUAUUUUUAAAAAAACCUUUUUUGCCAGGCGCUAAAUGUAAAAUGUGAGAACAGAAUUUUUUGGAUGAUUUCCCUUCGAAAUGCGUGUGAAUGAAAUAAAACUCAAAAUGCCUACAAUAAAAUUACGGCAAUUGCAUUCGUCCCAUUCGAAGCGUAGGCAACAUCAGCAAUAUUUGUCUAUUGAUUGCCAUGGAAAUCACCUCGAUCACAGCUGCUGGCACUUGGCAAGAAGAAAUUAUUUAAAAAGUUAUUGCCGCAUUCGUGUUAAUAACCAUAAAACUUUAUACUGGCUGACAUUGGCUCUGAUUCUAUUGACCGAAUCCACCAGAGGAACAACAUCAGCAGUAGCAGCAGCAGCAGCUGUUGGCAACACAGCGAGCCCAGCUGGAGGCAUGACAGCAUUGGAAAUUGGCACCUGCAAACAGGCGUUGGGCAUGGAAUCCGGUGCCAUUGCGGAUUUUCAGAUAACGGCGAGUUCAGCUCACGAUAUGGGCAAUGUGGGACCUCAGCAUGCCAGACUCAAAGUGGACAACAACGGAGGUGCUUGGUGCCCGAAGCACAUGGUCUCACGGGGCCUCAAGGAGUAUCUGCAAAUUGAUCUGCUGCAGGUGCAUUUGGUCAGCGCCAUACGCACCCAGGGACGCUUUGGCAAAGGUCAGGGCCAGGAGUAUACCGAGGCCUAUGUGUUGGAAUAUUGGAGGCCGGGCUUUGAGAAAUGGCUGCGCUGGAAGAGCAUACAGGGCAAAGAGAUACUUCCCGGCAAUAUAAACACCUACAGCGAGGUGGAGAACGUUUUGCAGCCCAGCAUCUUUGCGUCCAAGGUGCGCAUCUAUCCCUACAGCCAAUACGAUCGCACCGUCUGCCUGCGCGCCGAGAUCGUUGGCUGUGCCUGGGAAGAGGGCAUUGUCGCCUACAGCAUUCCAAAAGGUGUUCAGCGUGGCAUGGAAAUCGAUCUGUCCGAUAAGACCUACGAUGGCCAAGAACAAGCCGAUCGCUUUGUCAACGGUCUUGGCCAGUUGGUGGACGGACAACGUGGCAAGGAUAACUUUCGCAUGGACAUCAAUGGCUUUGGUAAAGGCUACGAAUGGAUUGGUUGGCGCAAUGAUACUCUACUUGGAAGACCUGUGGAAAUAACAUUUGAGUUUGAGACUGUGCGAAACUUCAGUGCUGUCAUAAUUCACACGAAUAACAUGUUCUCGAAAGAUGUUCAGGUGUUUGUGCACGCCAAAGUUUUCUUCAGCAUUGGCGGACGACAGUUCAACGGGGAGCCAGUGCAGUUCUCCUAUAUGCCAGACCAGGUGCUGGAUCAUGCACGCGACGUGACAAUCAAAUUACAUCAUCGCCUGGGGCGUUAUCUGCAGUUGCAUUUAUAUUUCGCCGCACGCUGGAUGAUGCUCAGCGAGAUUACAUUUAUAUCAGUUCCCGUCGUAGGCAAUUUCACAGAUGAGGAGCUGCUCAAUGUGCCGCCCUCGAAUGGCGUUUCCGUGCCAAACACAUCGGAAUAUCCGUUGCAGCGCGAUGAAGUGGGCCGAACUGUUGGCAACGGAGGCGUAGAGCGAAGUCAGCAGACCAAGCAAGUUAUCUCGCCGAAACCCAUUGACCAUCCGGAAGAGGAAGUAAAUUUCGUUGGCGCCAUAAUCACAACGCUGGCAACGAUUAUCAUGCUUCUGGUUGCCAUUAUCCUCGUGAUAAUAGCACGCAAUAAGCGCGCACGCGGGCGUGGCCAUGUGCUGGAUGCAUUUCAGCACAACUUCAAUCCGGACACCCUCGGCGGCAUUGAUAAGCGACUCAAUGGCAAUGGCCCUGCCAAUGGAAUCUUGAAGGUGGUCACAACAAUGGAUGACAAUGAGUCGUCCAUUGACAAGAACAGUCUCUACCACGAGCCCUUCAAUGUGAACAUGUACACGAGCGCAGCCAGUGCCUGUUCCAUGAAUGACCUGCAGCGUCAGCAUGUAACUCCGGACUACACAGAUGUGCCGGACAUUGUUUGCCAGGACUAUGCGGUGCCUCACAUGCAGCAGCUGCUACCGAAUGCCUCUGGCACUGGCACCGCCCGCAGUUCGCUUAAUGCAUCCAUCGUCGGAGUUGGAGUUGGAGUUGGAGUGGGUGGAGUGGGUGGAGUUGGUGCAGUUCCAGUUCCAGUUGUUGCGGCAACGGCAGCUGCAGCAGUAGUUGCACCACUGCCACCGCCGGUGCCACCGCCACCAGAGAAAUAUUACGCAGCAACACCAAUUUGCAGCAAGCCAGUGAUGGGACCGGCGGGCUCUCAGAGCAGCGGCUCGUUGAGUUUGAGCUCCUCGAACACGGCAGCGACCACGCCCACGCCAACGGGCGGCAAACCGCAUCAUUACAAUUUGGAUAUGAGCGCUAAUUUCGCCGACAUCAACGAGGAGCAGGCCAAUUGCCAAGUGCAGGAGUUUCCACGCCAGUCCCUCGUCAUUGUCGAGAAGUUGGGCACCGGCGUAUUUGGUGAACUGCAUUUGUGCGAAACAAAUGUGCUGAAUGCCACUCUAGUUGCUGUGGCUACGUUGCGACCCGGCGCAAGUGAUCAUCUUCGAAAAGAAUUUCGCAGCAAGGCCAAGCAGCUGGCGCGUCUCAAUGAUCCGAAUGUGGCACGUUUGGUAGGCGCCUGUCUGCGGGAUGAGCCCAUUUGCAUGGUGCAGGACUAUUCAAAUUGUCUUGGGGAUUUGAAUCAAUUUCUACAGGAGCAUGUGGCUGAAACCACAGGUCUGAUGGCCAACAAGAGUCUAAGCUAUGGCUGCUUAGUGUACAUUGCCACACAAAUUGCAUCGGGCAUGAAGCAUUUGGAGCAAAUGAAUUUCGUACAUCGGGAUCUGGCAACAAGAAGUUGCAUCAUUGGACCCGAGCUGAGCGUCAAAGUCUGUUCAAUUGGCACUGUGAUAAACCGUUCGGCCUACAUGUCGGACUAUUGCCAGUUGGAGGGAACCACGGGCCGACAAACCCAGCCGAUGCCCAUUCGUUGGAUGGCCUGGGAGAGCGUGCUGUUGGCGAAAUUCAGCACAAAAUCAGAUGUUUGGUCCUUUGCCGUUGCCCUUUGGGAGAUUUUAACAUUCGCUCGAGAGCAGCCCUAUGAGCACAUGUCGGACGCGAAUGUUAUUGAAAAUAUCGGGCAUAUCUAUCAGGAUGACAAAAUGCAUGAACUAUUGCCAAUGCCAGUCAACUGUCCACGGGAGAUUUACGAUCUGAUGUGCGAAUGCUGGCAACGCAACGAGUCAAGUCGACCCAAUUUCCGGGAGAUCCAUUUGUUUUUACAACGCAAGAACUUGGGUUUUAAGCCCAGCACCCAAACGCUGAUGUAUUGAAGUUAAAAUUGGAAUUGCAAACAAUCCAAAAAACAGAAAAAAAUAGCUACAGCUGAAUUAGAACAGAUUAAAGACAAAGGCUAAAGUAAAGAAAGACAGCAGGCAGAAUCUACACGCGAUUUUAGCACACAUUUAAAAUUUAUAUCGAAUAUUAUAUUACAUACAUACAUAUAUAUGGCAAGCACGAUGCGAAUUUUAUGCAUUUCAAAAUAAUGCAUUUAAAAUUUAAUGAUUUAUGUAUAAACUGCGGCUAGUUGCCGUUGAAUUGCCCUAAUCGAAGAGGUAUAAAAAAAUAUGAAAAUGCUUUGAGAACACGAAAAAAAAACACAAAUUAAAAUAUUACGGCACUAAAAGCUGCACUUCACUAAAAGUAUCUUAUAUAAAAAAGAUGAGAAUUGAAUCAAAAUUGAACUAAUUACGUCUUCGAUUUGGGCACAAUGCACUUAAUAAUAUCGUAUAUCGUAUGUCUACCGUUUAAGAACUUUUUUGGGUCAAACACAGGAGAGAUGCUUAGUGUUAGCUUAGCUUUAGGUUCAAUAUCGAGUCAAUAGCUUAAGGUUUGCCCUCAGCAUUAUUCAAUAAAAUAAAUGUAAAUACAAUUCACUACUGACUACAGUUGAUAUCAAAAAUAAUAUAUAAAUGGUAUAUGAAAUAAACGUAAGAAAAAUUAGAAGUACUCGACGCAUAUUCUAUGAAAUAGAAUCUAAAAUUUAAUCAUUGACAUAUGUGUGUACCUAUCGCUCCUCCACCUGAAUGCUCUCUCUAUCUGAUAAUUUUUGCUUUAAAUGUAUAUAAAGAAAUCUAUAUAUAUAUAUACAGGUAUAAGCGUAGCUCUAUGCAAGCCCCCUUUGUCAACAAAACUCUAUCAAUUCCAACUCAAAAUUUAAUUUUGAUGGGUCACAUUUGAGGUAAGGAACGGAUCUAGAAAACCUGCGUAUAAUUUUGACAAUAAUUGACAAAUUUAGAUUUCAAUUGAUGCAACAACAAAAAUGCUUCUAGAACUGCCUAAGCUAAUAGAGAGAAGUGAACCAGAUAAUCGAAAUAGCGAAAUAUCUGAGAUACGCUAAGAAUUCAAAAAUCAGACAGCUUCAACUUUGAAUCACAACAAAGUCAAUUAGACGCAUAUCAAAUGACAUUAUUAACUUGAACUUUGGCUUGCUAUAGUAUCCUUUUUCUGUUUGUGUUUGUAUUGAUGUGAAAAAACCUUUUCCUGUGCCUUUUCCGCGAUUCAUUUCAAUCAUCUUGCGAUCUUAUCUUGUGUUUCUUAUCAAUAAGCUUUAACGAGGUUUCGCCACUGCAACAAAAAGAAAAAAGAAAAACAAAAAUCAAAUAAAUAAAAUAUUCUUGCAAAUAUUCAAAAUAUAUAUUUAAUUAAACUCAAUUUUAAUAAUUAGUUAAAGUUCGGCCAGCCGAAACUUAAUCUUUAAUUCUUUCCAAUUCAAUGUAAUCAAAAUGCAUUUAGAAUAAUUUGAUUGUGCAAUUGAUAUAGUUGAAACAUUAAAAAAAUUGUUUCAUAGUUUACUCCAAUCAUAAAUGCUGAUUUUGCAUCGUAGAGUUAAAUGCAAUUAAAAUUAUAAUUACAUUACGUACAUUUAAUUAAUAAUCACGAUACACAUAUACUUCAAUUAUAAACAAGAGAAAUUGUCAAGACAACAACAAAAACAAAAAUACAUUUUCACCUGCAACGAAUUCAAUUCAUGGCAAUUUAUAUUAAUUAAUUAUUUUCCAAAUAUAAUUAAAAACGAGAAAACAAACAAAACGUUGAGCACAAUCAUGUUAAAGAAAAAGAAAUUAAAGCGCAUUGAAAAUGACAAACAAAAAAAUAAAAGAAGUUUAAGUAACGAAGGCAAACAAAAGCUAAGAAAAGAACAAAAAAACACACGAAAAGAAAAACAAAUAUGUAGCUUAAGCGAAAUUGCAGCUAAAAAUAACAAAAACAAACAAAAACAACAAUGUAACAGAAAUCCUAAGUACACUAAAUGCAAAAAUAAACUGAAAUAAAAAUAAAAAAACAACAAAAAAAACUUUUGGGAGCAGAUUUCAUUGUUGGGAAAUGGCAAAUGGAUGGCAAAGCCGAGGGAAAACUAAAUGAGACUUUGAGCCACAGUGCGCAGACCAACAG